UUAAAUCAAGCCACUACUACUAGACCUUAGCUUCAUCUAACACAUUUCGUUAUUCUUGCAAAUUUUCUCAAAAGAAAGAAUUACUUCAUUUUCACCAUGGCCAAAAACACUCUUGUUAUUUGCAUUGCACUUGUAUGCAUGACGCUUAUUACUUCCGUCCCUAAGACGAAAGCAGUGUCCUGCAUGCAAGUGGUGCAACAGUUGACGCCAUGCAUUUCCUACGUGGAAAAUGGCGGCGCUGUGUCCCCACAGUGCUGCAACGGAAUCAGGACUCUUUUGAGCCUGGCUCCGGCGAGACAAGACCGGCAAACGGUAUGCACUUGCAUCAAGAACGCCAUCCGAGGAAUCAAUUUCAAUCAGAAUACUCUCAACCUUGCUGCCGGACUCCCCAGCAAAUGCCGGGUCAACAUUCCUUACCAAAUCAGCCCCUCGGUUGAUUGCGCCAGGGUGCAGUGAGGUUGAUAUGCAUAUGAAGCAGCUACUCAUCAUGAAGAGGGAUACCGAAAUGUACCUGCAAGGCAUGUGUACGUGGUAAAUAAGUGGAUGCAUAUAAGCCACAUGGGGAAUCAAUGGAAGUUGCUUCUUUUAGUUAAACUGUGUCUACUAUAUGUUUUUGUGAUGUGUCAUGUUUGUGUUUUCUAUUUUGGAGGUUUUUAGAGAAAGAGCUCAGUGGAGUAGUGCUGUAACAAAAAUGCUCUUAUUAAAUUAUAUAUUUGA